CUCGUCACGUGACCAUGAUGUCAUCAAGCUCCUUGAGCUCUAUAGGAACUAGUAGUUACUGAUCUAGCAGGCUGGAGGAAUCUAUGGUGUCAAGAGUGUGAACGGCAGAAACGACGCCGCUUCUUUGGGCAUGCUAACCAUGAGACACGCCAUUUUCCUGCCUCUCAGUGACCCGGCCUGCGUCCUAGUCCUCCUGGCAGCAUGGGCUUACACUCCAGCAAAAAGUGACAUCUUAAAUUUAGAAAGUGGCAAUAUAGAUGAUACUUUAGGCAACGCAGAUGUCGCUUUAGUUAAUUUUUAUGCUGACUGGUGCAGAUUCAGUCAAAUGCUGCACCCUAUAUUUGAGGAAGCUUCAAAUAUAAUCAAAGAAGAAUAUCCUGAUAAAAAUAAAGUGGUGUUUGCCAGGGUAGACUGUGACCAGCAUUCGGACAUAGCCCAAAGAUAUCGGAUAAGCAAAUAUCCCACAUUAAAGCUGUUCAGAAAUGGGAUGAUGAUGAAGAGGGAGUAUAGAGGUCAACGGUCAGUUACUGCAAUAGCAGACUACAUUAGACAGCAAAAAAGUGAUCCAAUACGGAUAGCGGGAGAUCUCGAAGAACUUAAAACCAUUGAUCGUAGUAAACGAACAAUAAUUGGUUUUUUUGAAACCAAGGAGUCUGACAACUAUCGAACAUUUGAAAAAGUAUCAAACAUUUUACAUGAUGAUUGUGUAUUUAUUGCUGCUUUUGGAGAGAUUGCUAAGCCAGAAAGAUUUAGUGGAGACAACGUUAUCUACAGGCCCAUAGGAGAAAGUGCUCCAGAUAUGGUUUAUUUGGGUUCACUCACCAACUUUGAUUUGGCUUUUGCUUGGACGCAAGAUAAAUGUGUGCCUCUUGUACGGGAAAUCACAUUCGAGAACGGAGAGGAGCUGACUGAGGAGGGUCUUCCAUUCCUUAUACUUUUCCAUAUGAAAGAUGACUUGGCAAGUUUAGAAAAGUUCCAACAAGAAGUUGCACGUCAGUUAAUUAGUGAAAAAGGAUCAAUAAACUUUCUUCAUGCAGACUGUGAUAAGUUUAGACAUCCUCUCUUGCACAUUCAGAAAAGUCCUGCAGAUUGUCCAGUAAUAGCAAUUGAUAGUUUUAGGCACAUGUAUGUGUUUUCGGAUUUUAAGGACUUAUCAAUUCCUGGUAAACUAAAACAGUUUGUUUUAGAUUUACAUUCUGGAAAACUGCAUAGAGAAUUUCACCAUGGACCCGACCCAACUGAUGUUGCUCCAGGAGAGCAAACUCAAGAUUUCGCAAGUAGUCCUCCUGAGAGUUCUUUUCAAAAAUUAGCCCCAAGUGAAUAUAGGUACACUAUACUGAAAAGAGAUCGUGAUGAGCUUUAGUAAAUUAGGAUUGCUUUAGAAGCCAUAGCGUUUGGUCAAGCCGAGUGUGGUUUAAAAAAAAAAAAAAAACUUAGCCUAUAUUUUCAUAAUUGUAUUUUUUAUUUGGGAAAAACAAACAAUAAUGGAUUAUUUUUAUUUGCUCCCACUGUUUGUAAAUAUGUCUGUGUUUAGUGGUUUCUUUCUGUACAGACUUUUAAAUUGAAAAUAUGAAACCUGAAAUCUCGUAAACGAACUGCCCUGUUUUAUAAUUAUAAAGGUGGCAUGACAGUAUGCAUAAGUUGUUAACUUGCACUUCCCCCAAUAAAUUGGAUUUUUUGAUGUUU